GAGGCGGAGGCAAGAGACAUAGGGUCAAGAUGGAAGGUUGGUUCAGUGUUGUGGUGGGGAGGAUGUGGUGAGAGCCACGCAAGGCUCGCGACGCGCUCGGUAAACCAUGUGUUGUGACCAACCCGCGGGAAUCAUGACCACAGGAACAUGGGCCACAUAAAAAACAUAAGUGAAUUGCUGCCAGACGAGCCGCUCAAGGACCCGUUCGAGGAUGAGAUCCACUUCAACAACACAGUCAGGGAAUAUAUUGAGAGAUUGUCUCUGGUUGAGAGUAACCUAACCUACACGUCAGAGUCCUGUGGUGCUGUGGGCUACGUCCUCGACUCGCAACUGAGUUCAAUCUCUGCAGCAGGACAGGGCCGAUUGGGUGUUCCUGGUGCUGUUGCUGCUGCUCUCGGUGGCGUCGCACGUGGUGGUGUUGAGAUAUCGCCGUCGGGAGGCCGGCCACCUUCCCCCUCCCCGCCACACUGACGACGACGAGGCUGCCGUCGACCGUAUUGCGUUAUGGCUGUGCACGUUCAGUCUGUCAGUGUCUCUGGGCGCUGUUCUGCUGCUGCCCAUCAGUAUUAUGAGCAACGAAGUCCUGACCAUGUACCGUGAUUCUCUCUAUGUCCAGUGGCUCAACCUCUCUCUAAUUCAGGGAUUGUGGAACAUCAUCUUCCUCUUCUCCAAUCUGUCAUUAUUUGUGGGGUUGCCAUUUGCCUACCUCUUCACCGAGUCUGAAGGGUUUCCCGGCUCUCGUAAGGGGUUACGUGCUCGCAUUGUUGAGACGGUGGUGGUGUUGACACUAUUAGUGGUGUUGGUAUUUGGCGUAGCUGUUAUCCUCUCCUUCCUCUUGGGCUACUAUGAGCAGGAGAAUCUCUCACAAAUGAUUGGCAUGACAAUGAAAACGGGAACCAGUUGGCAGAUGGUGGUCGCCUUUGUUUACAUCGUUCAGCAGGUUAAGUUAGAUGUGUGGGGAAGCUUCUACUUGCCCUUCCUGUACUCUCUCAUCUCGUGUCUGGGUGUCCUCAUGCUCCUCCUGUGUACACCUGUUGGGCUUGCCCACUUGUUUACUGCCAUGGGGCGACUGAUGGUAAAACCCGGAUUUCUACGAGACUUGGCUGAGGAGUACCAGGCUGCACUGCUCGAGGAAGAUGCUCUGGCUCGGCAGUUGGCACGUCCCUCCCGACCUCAUGCGAGGCCUAUCACACGCUCCAUCUGUAAUGCUCUCACUCCUGAGGAACUUCUUCAUCAAUAUCAUGCUGUCAAGAAAACCAGAAUGAAGCUAGACGAGCGUCGUCGUGCGGGAAUAUUUCAGCGCACUUUAGCGUAUCCGCUUGCACUGCUAUUGCUGCUGGCACUCACUGGUACAGCAGUUGUCAUAGUGGGCCUCAACACUUUGCAGUUACUUGUUGGCAUUAAGGCCCUCCCUCUGGCAUCAGCCCCAGCCAUUCUGGGAGAAGCUCAGCAAGGAAAGCGGUCAGUACUAUUGUCAGUGCUGGGGCCUGUCGGUGCUGUGUUAGAGGUUGUGCUCAUCUUGUACCUGAUUGCUGCAUCCCUGCUGGGUUGCUACUCCUUGCCUGGCAUAGCCAAGAUCCGACCCCGGCCACAGGACACGCCCAUGGUUCACGUCAUUGCCAACUGCGUCGUUGUGCUAAUUCUUUCCAGUGCUUUGCCUCUCCUGGCUAGGACGCUAGGAAUCACAAAUUUUGACUUGCUGGGAGAUUUUGGUAAGAUCAGUUGGUUGGGCAACUUCUGGAUUGUGUUGGGCUACAACAUCCUAUUUGCUACAGCGGCCGCAUGGUGUCUGGUGAAAAAGUUUACUGCAACUAUUAGACAUGAAAUAUACAUGAGGUUUAAGUUGCUUGCCAUGUGGCUUGUGAAGCGGGACACCUUCAAGCUGCCAGCGCAUGUGAUGAAUGGAAGCAUGAUGAACCCUGGCAAUAUGAAGGAGGAGUAAUUCAAAUAGUGAAUGGGUUAUGACGACCCUACUGGAGUGAUCUUGACCUGCGUGGCUGAAAUACAAUGUUGUAUGUAUGUAAUAUUAUAUAUACAAUGUGUGUGUGCACGUUGAGCUUCUUGAAGAGUAUCUUGCAGUGAACUAUUUCCCUGUCGGGCCAAACCUGGGGAAGCGAGUGGUGACGGAGCCCCUCCUCCAGUGCCGACUAGAAGCGUGUUGAUGUGCGUUUCAUAAUUGCAGUACUUAAGGAUUUAAUCAUUAGGCAUAAGUUCAGAUAAGGUGAGAGAGAAAGGGGGUAUUCCAGAAUAAGAAAAAAAUACACUAGUGCAAGGUUCUGCAAUUAAGUGGGAAAACUAUAAUUGAAUGUUAAGAAGUAAAUAGAAUUUGGCACAUUUUUUCUAAAUCAUCAUGUAAAUACUGGGGCGAGUCAAAUGGGUAAGAAACAAGUACAGUGUCUCAAUAAAUAUUUAUAUGUUUAACUAUUAUAAUACAAUACAUAUUAUAUUAGUAAUAUAUUACAAUAUAUUAUUGUGUACUAUACUGUAGUUGCACGUUAUAACUUUUCCCGGACGCAACAUUUGUGUACCAAAUGUCUCAUCCAUUUCCCAGCCUUCAGAUUAAAACCAUUAGCAGCACUCAAACAUAUUUGGAAAUUGAAAAUGAUAUAUAAAUUGUAGUCAGGUGAGAAUAUUAUUCAGGUAUAAAAAUUGCAUGUAAAAGAUGUUCGGUGGAAAAGGGGAGACAGAGAACCUUUUGUAUUGUAUUAUUUUAAUAAGUUGUGCAGAAAGUGGAUGACCUGAGGGAGCCUCUUUGGUGGGAUCCUAUUUGGUGGGAUCCUAUUUAGUGGGAUCCUAUUUAGUGGGAUUCUAUUUAGUGGUUCUGAUCCGAGAUUGUGGCAUACUAUACUAAAAUGUAGUAAUGUGGAAUAUUGGCCAAUGUUUUAAUGUCAAUGUAGUAGAGAGCUGGAUGUAAAAAUUUCUUUGGAAGUUGACAGAGCCAAACGGAGGUUUGUUAUUACAGCUGAACAAGAUACUAUACAUAACAGCUUUGGCAGAGCCCUUUCCUAAUCAUGAAAAUCUAGGGCUGUUGUAUAUUUGGCUCCAGGCUUCUGUACUUGGACAAAGAGUUAAAUGUGUCAAAUAUAUCCUGAAUUAAAAUUAAGUAAUUUUAGUGAGAAGUUUUGUGUCAACCAUAAUUUUUAAUAUUCUUUUCAUAGUUGAUGCGUUAUAAUUUAUUUUUCACGUUGGUCCCUAUUGUGCUUAUCUAUUUAAUAAUUGAGUUAAAUUAUUCCUUGCUUAAUUAGGAAGAAUUUGAUUAUGUUGUAAUUAACAUUUUGAUUUGUGUAUCAGUAGUAUGUUGUGAAUGUGAUUGUAUGGUCCAGUUGUAGAGGAACAUCAGGGUUGAGCUUCACACCAAAGUAACGUACAUUUGAAAUGAGCUUUAUUUAAAGUUUCAGAAGGUGAAGUGAGUGAAAUAAUGGCAGUGUAAUUUUUUUUUUUUUUACCGACAUGUCACUUUUGUGAGCGUUUUGUAAACACGGCCUGGUGACUCGUGUGUCUGUGUGUAUCAUGCUACAGCUGUGUGUUGAAUAUCAAUCUUGGGAAGCCAGUUCAUCUAAAAUUGUGAUCAGCUCCUUAUAUGUGAACAGUUCCCAUUGAAAUAUAUGAAAUUUACUCUUAAAUUCCAUGAUUAUGUCUUGAAUUUGAGAAGAUACAUCAAACUCAAAAUUUGUGUUAUUAAGUUUUAAUAUUUAUGUAAUGUUUUCACAUGAAUUUUGAAUCCUGAAAUAGAUAAUCACCCUUCAUAUUUUUUCAUUAACGGUUUCAUCAGCAGUGAGUAUUACAAAGAAAGCUCACUACACCUAUGAAAAGGUCACAUGAAGCAUCACAUUGUAAUUUGUUAAUGAGUUACAUGCAUAGUUAUGCUUUGAAGAGUUUGUUGUAAUUUUAUAGCGACUUCAUUAUGGUCCCCGAUACCUGUUGUGUGGGUGAUAUUAGAGGGGGGUUUCUAGGCAAAUAAAGGCUCCUUGAGCAGAAUCCAAGAAAUUUCAUGGUGAAAUAACUGGACAGUAAUGGAUACACAUUUAAAAAAAUUGUAGCAGAAUGAAUACAUUUUUUGUUUUUUUAGAUAUGGUGAGAAAGAUUGUACAAUACUCAUAAGCAGCAUCACAAAUGUUUUUAGUUUUCAAUUUCACUUCAGUGGGUUUGAAAUUAAUUUUAUAUUGUAGGCUUUUAGCAUGACACAAGUUAUCGACAGUUAUGUGGAGCCUUAGUGUGGGAAUAUCUUUUGACUAGUUAAAAGUUGUGCUUUUAUUCAUGGAAAAAAUAUAUUUCAACAUACAAAAUAUAGAAAUUCUUCAGUAAAAGAGAAAUUAUGUUGUAAUAUUUAGGUUUCAAAAAUGGUAUACGUAUUUAUGGAGACUGGAAUUUGAAUGUACUACGUUGACUAGACCACACACUAGAAGGUGAAGGGACAAUGCCGUUUUGGUCCGUCCUGGACCAUUCUCAAGUUCAGACUUGAGAAAGGUCCAGGACAGACCGAAACGUCAUCAUCCCUUCACCUUCUAGUAUGUGUGGUCUGGUCAACAUACUUCAGCCACGUUAUUGUGACUCAUCGCCUGCACUUGAAUGUACUACGGUUUGAGAAAACUGCUGAUGGACCGGGAGCGUUCACAUAUAUACCUGCUGUAUACACUGUACACCCGUAUCAGCCUUCCCUGACUUUGCGCUCUGGAGAGGCCACUCCAGACCAACAUCCAGAGCGCAACUCCAAAGUCUCCUGAGACUGAUGGAUGCCUACUACUACUACUACAACAACACUAGAAUAUAUUAUAGUAGUGUAAUCUUUAUUCCCUGAAUGCCCUUGUGUAUGUUGGAUGCUUGACCCAUUGGAGGGCCAGAUGAUCUGUUUUCCAUAUGUUAUCACUUGCAACCAAAGACUUCUGUAUAAAAAAGAAAAAUAGCAAAAAUUGUAGCAGUAGAUCUCCCUCAUUUUUCUUGUCUUAAGCACAUUGUUAUAUGAUGCUUCUUAUAUUUGCUCAAAUAUAUAGGGAUCUUGUGACCCUUGUUAUGCAUGACUGGCAUCUAGGUGAAAUGUUAUGGUGUUUUUCACUGGUGAAAGUAUAUUUUUUCAUUUUUCUUUUUAUCAUAUAUAUGUAUAUAUAUAAUUUCAUGUUAUAACAAAAGAAGAUAAAUUGAAUGAAGGCUUUUUAAUCACACUCUUGUAUUUUUUUUAUUUUUGUUUGGUAUGCAAUAUUUAUGUGUUUUAGUUGUACAUGUAUUGCUAUCAACAAUAGCAAAUAAUGGUUAUUUUCAGGUAAUCUUUUAGGAAAUGAUAAAACAACAGGAUAUCUUGCUGGGAGUCUUGAUACUUAUUAUUUUCUGUAUUGGAUCUUUCAGUCAUAUUUGUGGAAACUGAUUUGAUAAUCCGUAAGUUGAGAGUUUUUAUUGUCAACCGUCAUACCUAAGUGAUCGUGUUGGCGGCCAUGUGACUUGCGAAGAUUUUUGUGUACACUUCGGCCACACAUAUACAGCGUAAAAUAGCUCUCUUUUAUUUUUACUGCAUAAACAUUAUAUAUAUUGGGACAGUACGUAUAGAUUUCUGCGGUUAAUUAUUUAUGGCACAACUGGUAUGAUGUGCGUGCAGCUGGUAGACAAUGAGAUGCCACUUUUUUUUAUACUAACUUGUCCUUGGUGUGUUUGUCUGAAGCAGUGGCUAUUUGAUUGUGGUACAGAUUAUGAUGAUUUUUUUAGCAAGACCUUCAACACACUUCUUUUGUGAGAGAUGAAGUGCAUCAUCACUUCUUUACGAGAUAAUGAAAUGAAUCAACUGUUCUGCACGAGUGGUUGAUGAGGAAGGUUGAAGUACUGUUCUGCAUGAGUAGUUGAUGAGGAAGGUUGAAGUACUUGGCCUGGCAAAUGGCAAUCUAAAUAGGAUUUUUAUGUGGUUGAUGAGUUGGAAGCAAAGCUAGCAUAAUAUAGAGUAAACAAUAGUGGGGAAACGUACAUAAGCAGAGGGGGCUUGGAGUUCUUGUGUAUUUACUGUUUUAAUGUGUAUAAACAAUCUUGUUUUAGGUUUAAACACAUACCAUAGACAAAAUUCUAGAAAUACAAAAAUAUGGCACAUUAUAAAUUGGUAAGAGAAGUAUUAGAGGUGUUUAAUAGAUUUGAGAUGUUGGCAAAUAUAAGGUAGUAUAAACAAGUGUUAAUUUGUGGUUGUGGAGAAAGAAAAUGUGUGAUAUCGGCUCAGCUGUGACGGUAUUAAUCAAAAUAGGAAUGCAGUUGAGAUGUUACAGUUUUAUGUUGUUUUUGUGAGACCACAUUUAAAUUACAAUAUUCUGUGCAAUUUUGGCCAUGACAAUAUACUAUACAGUGAACAUGAAUUAUUUGGAAAAUUUUCUGAAGAUGAUAAAAUUAAUUCCCCAUCAUUUGGGAAUUUUCCUGUUGAAGCACUUGAGAGCUCCUGUUAAGAGCACUUGAGAUUUUGCUCUCAAGAUAUAUGUAUUUUAUAUGUGAACAGAUGAAUGUGUCAGAAGUUAUUGGAACUUGCAACAAUGGAGUGAGUGGUCAAAUUUAGAUUUAGUGAGGAUAUAGGUAAGAAUUGGUUGUGCAGUUGAGAUGUGUGUGUGAGGAACAAUCUAUUAAGAAUCAGUGUAUAGAUACAUGAGUGAAUAGGGUUAGAUUGAAUGAAAACCGACAUUGCAUUAGGCCUAUGGCAGCGUAUUCAAAUGUAAAAUUAGUACUAGUAUAUCUCUUGAGUACUGUUACUUGUAAACAGUUGUUCAUCAUACUGUAUUAGAUAUGUAUUUGGCUUAAAGUUACCAACAACUAAGAUUUGUACUUUGACUUUUACUUGGAGUCCUUUCAUUCCUUGUGUCUCCUUGUUGGUCUGUCGUUGGUUGCAUAUAUUUUUGGUCUCCUAUGGACAUCCCAAUUUAUAUUAGACGUUUUGAAUAUAAUACAGAUGGCAGUAAAUAGUCAUCACCGCUUGUUACCUUCUUUUGGUAAUGCCUUACAACUAAAUUAAUGAAUAAUUUAUUAAUUGUUGCAGAUAAGACAAUCGCAGAUAGAAGUGGCUCAUGGCAAAAAAUAUUAUCCUGAGAAAAGAUAAAUGAAACCUGGCUUAGCAGGACUUUAGAUAGCAUUAAUUCACCAUUAAUAGGAUAGUAUCAAGAUUAUCAGUGCACUGUACCUCUUGACAAUCGUCAAAACCCAGGAAUUGUCAUGGCUUUUGUCACAAAAACAGAUCUGGGCAACAUUUUCGGGCAGUGACUGAACUAGACUCUUAUCUGGAAAGCUGCAAGUUCGUUCUUGUUUGUUUGGGUUCAACAUGUUCUGUGUUCAAGCAGGAUUAAUGAUCUUAUGUAAGGGAUCAAAUAUUUUUGGACAUGCAACAUAACUAUGGACAUGACCAUAUUUAAACUGUCAACUAAAUGUUCUGAGCACUGUUUGCACAAAUUUGACAUUGACAAAGCAGGCUGACAAGACAAGGAAAGUAUCUCGUGUUUAUGGAGUGGCGUUGGCAUGAGGCUAGAGAAGACACGAUAGUCGUAUUGUUAACAAAAAGAAGGCUAAACAUAAUUAGGAUCAUCAUGUGUCCCAUCGCCAUAGCUUAAACACUACACAGUAUAAUGGAGAACUCGUGUGUCGCUGCACUCGAGCAAAUCAUCCACAGCAGCAGCACCACAUCCUCCUUCCAAAGACUGGGAGCUUAUGUUCUUUGUUAGUUGUUUUAUACAAUUAUUUAUUUCAUCCAGUCACAGAAACCAAUAUUUUAUUGAUUCUAAUGCUGGACUGGAGGUUUCAAGGAAUUAGUUUAUUAGUUGUAUACAAAUGUCGCAUUUAUUCCCCAUUGACAAACCAAUGCCAUCUAGCCAUUUUGUGAUGUUUUCAUGCUGGAUACCUGCUCCUUUAUGUACCAUAUCUGGCAAUCUUACCUUUUCUCUCCUUUUCCUACGCCCAACUACUUGGGCUGGACGAUAGAGCGCGAUGGUCUCGCUUCAUGCAGGGCGGCGUUCAGUCCCUGACCAAGUGGUUGAGCACAAUUCCUUCCCCUCUGUUCCAUCCCAAAUCCUUAUCCUGACCCCUUUCAAGUGCUAUAUAGUCGUAAUGGCUUGGCACUUUCUCCCUGAUAACUCCCUCCCUCCCUUCCUAUCCUUAAGUUUACUUUGUCUUGUUAUUCAUUGAACAUGAUCAAAUCAUCUCUGUGCACAAUUGAAUCUUAGUUUGCUAAUAUAUUUGUUCCCCAGCUAACCAUGAAAUGUCUAUUUAUAUUUAUUUAAACAGCACACAUGCUUCUCUGUUAAGAGAAUGGAAAAUUUAAGAUUUAUGACAGGUUUACAGCAAGCAGGGAUGACCCAGCAGCAUCUACGUACAUUUUCCCUUCAAGUUGAAUCAUCGAAGUCAAACAUCCCUAGCAGUAAUGAAAUAACAUUUACUUGCUGUAAGUACUUGGGUUAAACCUCAUUGGUUUCACCUGGGAAUUGUACAGUGGACUGAAAUAGAAUGUCACACGUGGAUGUUAAGCCAGGUGGUCAUAUUGGGCCACAGCGAUCUUUGAUGAAGCCAGCAAAGGUAAGCAACUGCUGAUAACAUCCUCUCACUUUAGUCCCACAUUUCACAACUUAAAUCAGAAGUAGUGUGUAUGGUCAAGAAGAAGUUUAUAUAAUGUAGGAAAUAAUAAUCACAAGCACCUGGUAUAGUGUAAGAUUUAAUUACCAAAUCUAUUAUAAUACAUAAACCUUAAAGAAAAUUUUGUACAAGAGCUGUCGGGUGAUCAUUUUUACUUAAGAGUUACAGAUGUGAAAAAUAUUGUUAUUUUAUGGCUGUAAUGGGAGAGGACCUAUGUAUGCCUAUGAUGGGAAAGGUGCUAUAGAGCUGGUAAGAAUACAUUGAAAUGGGAACCUUGCAGAGAGAGAGAGAGCUAUAGAGUUGGAAUAUAUAACUUGGGAGUUAUACUUGAACAGAGAGAGAGAGAGUACUGAUAAGCUCAGUAGAGAUCAUAGAAGGAGAUAAAUCUGUACAAGAUGAAUAGGCUAGCCAUCUUAAGGGCAGAGGUGCUUUUACAAUAAUGAUAGGAAACCAGCAGUGAAAGCUAUAACGGUGACCUAUAAUAUCAAUUCGGGAGAUAUAAAUUAGAACAGUUUUUGGAGCUAUGAGUGAAAUACAGCAUCAACAUUAGAAAUAUACUUGAGAAGUAAGAAUCGGGGGAUAAACAUUAAUUAGAAAAACACGUGAACGACGGACUAACAAGUGGUAGCAGUUACUUAAUGGCGAGUAUAUUGAUUUUGUACAAUGUAGGCUUGAUUUAUUGUUAUUUAAAUAUAACUGAAUCCUUGAUUUGGCAGAAUGAAUUUGGUACCAUAAUGACCCCUGUUGUAUGAACUCGAGGGUGCAUCAAUUCUCUGAACUUGUCUGCAUUAGGUAUCCCUACACACAGUUUAUGAAUUGAAUAUUUGUCUGUGGUUGGCCCAGUAGUGUCAGCAACUCUGAGUAUGACCCAACUAUCAUGUGGUGAGAGCUCUUGUUACUCAAGUUCUGUAGUUUCAUAAAUAUUUGAUUAAUUUUGGAUAGAAAAUAGGCCUAUUACCCGUAGUUAGGCUAAACUUUGUAGGGAGAUGAGAAGGUAUAUUAUCAAGACAGACGAAUAAAUAUAACCGAGCUUCAGAAAGGUAAAUAAUGAUUGUUUUUAACAUUUCAUUUGUGCUGUACUAUACCAUAAAGUAAACAUGUACUGUAUUAUAUAUAUUACUAUACAUAUUUUAUUACAGUAUAUAUAUACUUUAUUAUAUUAAUGAGAAAAAUUCAACCAGUAUCAAGAGCAAAGAUGGAAAUAAUUGUCAAUUGAAAGAUGAUUUCUAUGCAUGUUUAUCUAACAUGUAUGACUCGGAAUAAUUUCAAAAGAUUAAGAGUAAAAUCUUAAUUUAAUUAAUUUUAAGAAUAAAAUGUUGGUAAAAAGAUUUAAGAAGUUGAGAUUUAGGCAUAUUACACUUUCUUUCAUUGGCUUAUCUCCUCUUUGCCCCCCAAUGUGCAGACUCUACCUUUGCUUUUAUCGAGUCCAGUGUAGGGUUUGGGGUAGACACUAGUUUAGUGUCUCUUUUUACCUUAUCUAGGUUUAGAAACAACAUAAUGUACUGUAUAUGGAUGAUAGACAUGCAUGAGCUUUAGAUAAGAAUGCAACAUUUUUUUGACACACUUCAGCAGUCUUUGAUUGUGUAUACAGCCAUACUGGUUUAGUGUUCUGUUCUGUAAUUACUUACUUUUAGGUUCAUGUCAUGGACUGUUUUAGCAUUCAGAGAUCAAAGAAUUGUUCAUUCAGACAAUAUAGGACAGUUUCUUUCCACAAUUGUGUUGUAAGAGAACAUGUUAUUCAUCUAGGUACUAGUAUAGAAUUGAAAUUUGUAGGGGGACAUUGAAUUUGCUAUUAAUGUUGUUUAAAAUAGGCCAAAAUUGAAGGAAAAUUGCAACAAGUAUCUAGUAGUGGUUAACUUUGUACGUGUAUUGUUUUGAGGUUUAAAAACCACAUUUGUAUAAAUGAACCAUUAUAUGUGAAGCCUGUAGUAUAGGUUGUGAAGUUUGGACAAGUUGAAAUCGGCUGUAUGUGGUGUAAUUUGUGAAUACUUUACGAGAAGCUUACAUUUGUUUUGCCAGAUUAACAUACAUUGUAUUUGUGCCAAGUACUGUGGGAGUUACACACAGAAGUCACAAUAGCGUGAUGUAUCAAAUGAACAAGUCCACAAUCCUCGUCACGGCCCUUGUGGAUUUGUUCUACUGUGGGAGUAUUGAAUUAUCAUAAAGUUACAGAGUAAAGCAAUGAUAUAGUACUGGACAGUUGGAAAUUAAAUAAUGUAGUUGUUGCAGUGGGUGUGUGUGCAGGAUAAUAUAUUUUUGUACUAAUGUUCAGGAAAUAUAAAACAGUUUAAGUUUUAUUUUGAAGACUUGGUGAGGAUGUAAAAUGAGAUUUUUGACAUUCUGGACAAGAGAAACUUAAGAGUGAUGAAGAUAGGAGAGUAUUACAAUUAAAGGAUAUCAUGAGACAAAUUGAAUUUGAAGUGGAUUAGCAUUUGCCAAGACAUUUAAUAUUAGUUAUGCAAUACAGUUUACUUAUUUGGACAAUACUGUAUUGCACUUAAAACUUGAGGUAGUCUUGUGUAUUAAUAUCGUGGAUGGAAAAUGAAAAUGAGGCAUAUCCCGCAAUACACACACCGAAACUACAAUGUUGGUACAACGUUCGAACAAGUUUUAACACCUACUAACCAGUUAUAACAACCAAUAUAGCAAGUUGUAACAACGUUCUAAUACGUCAUAAACAUGUUAAGCUAAGGUGUAACAACUUUAUUACAAGUUAUAACAAGCGGAAAAUAGAGACGUUUCGGUUUGUGUUUCCAAGGAUAUCAUAAGGAGGAUUCACACACUUGGUGUUUUUUAUUUUUUGCAGCUAUAAUAUCAGGGGAUAUAUCGUGAUGUAUAAAUGUUGGUGAUAUUAAUGUGAUCACGAGUGUUCUAAUUCUGUAUUGUAAACCUGUGGACGUCUUUUAAUUUGAUGGGCUCUUGGAGUUUAAAAGAUAACAUUUAAGUGAAUGUAUGUUAUAAAUAUUACAAUACUUUAAAAUAAACACUAAUUAAACUAUUUAUUUUAGAGCACUGUACAACAUUAAUAUUCACUGCCAUAGAUAUAACAUGCUUUCCAAUAUUUAAAAAUAUAAUGGUACUUGUUUGAGUAUUUAACGAACCAUGGGGUUUUGUGCAAUUUUGAAAACCAUAAUAUGGCUGUGUACUGCUUGACUUUGAAACCACUCAUUACCACAUACAUUAGUGUUAUAAGGCAGUCUUGUGCUUGUGUGUAAUGUGAAGUAAAGUAAUUGUUAGUAUCUGUGCUGGGGAAUUUUGACACCAGUGUGUGAUCUGGUAGUUUUUAAGGAAACCAAUCAAAAAGUUGAGAUUAAACCUUUUAAAAGGAUGGCGAAUAAUUAAAGUCUAGAAUGUGUUUAAAUCUGAAUUAGCAAAUGUUGUAGUUUAGUGUCACAGUGUUGACAUUCUAUUGUUUUGAAAAAACACAUUAAUGACAGAUGAUAUAUGUAUCUUGAUCAUUUAUGAUAAACCUGAGAUUGUGAUUAUUUACCUCUCUUCGAUGUGGACAGAUCGUUGUCUGUAAUUUAAUCUCGAUACAGUAUGUUGUUUUAUGUGAUUGCCAAAUUUGGAUCCAUCAUGCUAAAAGAAACAAACAAAUAUGCCAGUGCUUGGUAUGUACUGUAAUCAAAAUGUGAUGUAGUAAAGUGGGACCAUUAUUUAGUUUGAGCUUAUGAAUUUGUAAAUGUAAUAGUGUCUUAAAACACUUGUAACAAAUCAAGAUUAGGGGGUCAUGAAGUGUACACAUAAUUCAGUAUAUCUUUAAAAGCCGAUCUGUGCAGUUAUGAUGCUAGAACAUCAAUAAUAAUGGCAACAUGGCUUUUGUGGUAAAGCUAACAAUAAAAGUUGUAUUUUA